AUGGGCUCAACCGAUGAAUCAUCGUGGCACCGCCUGAGCGUCGGUAUCGUUGGUGGUGGUAUUGGUGGUAUGGCUGCUGCCAUCUCUCUUCGUCGAGCAGGUCACGAUGUGACUAUCUAUGAGCGCCAUGAUUUCGCGGGCGAGGUUGGAGCGUCGAUUUCGUGCGCGGCAAAUGGCACUCGCUGGUUACACGAAUGGGGGGUCGAUGUUGCUAAGGGCGAUCCGGUUAUUCUGCGCAAGUUGAUUAACCGGGACUGGAAGACUGGAGAGCCCGUUAGUGUGUAUGAUUUGGGGGACUAUGAGAAGCGUUGGGGAUACGUCUAUAAUAUGUUUCAUCGGCAGUAUAUGCAUACUAUGUUGAAGGACUGUGCUAUGCAGGAGGAAGGCCAGGGAACGCCUGCGAAGCUGAAGGUCAAUUUUCAGUGCAAAGACAUCGACCUAAGUACCGGAGUGAUCUCCUUUGCCAACGGGGAGACUGCCCGGCAUGACUUGAUCGUUGGUGCUGAUGGCAUCGGCUCAGUUGUCCGUGGUAUUAUUGGGGUUCAUCCUGAAAGAAAGCCUGCAGCCUCCAGCUGUCUGCACGCUAACGUGACUACGGAGGAGGCUGUUCGGCUGGGUCUGGUUGAUUACUCAAAGGACAGCGCGCUUGAGUACUGGGGUGGCCAGGAAGGCAAGUGGGAUAAGAUCGUGCUCUCGCCUUGUAACGGUGGUCGCUUGCUGUCGUACUAUUGUUUCUUCCCUCGCGAGAUGGGAGACUAUGCGAACCACACCUGGGGAGGCGAAGACCGUCCCGUCGAGGAACUACUCGCGCCUUAUCCUCAUCUCGAUCGCCAGGUCCUCUCGCAUCUGGGGAUUGGCAAGGAAAUUAGACCAUGGCGUCUCUGGGUGCACCAACCAUACCCAUAUAUCACCAGCAGCAUGGUCUGUCUUCUCGGUGAUGCAGGGCACCCGAUGAUGCCCCAUCAGAGUCAGGGUGCCUGCAUGGCGAUUGAAGACGCUGCAGCCCUGGGCAUUAUCUUCAGCAGAGCGCACUUCAAGGGCGAUGUCGCCGAUGCGCUGUCAAUCUACCAGGAAGUCCGACUGCCCCGGGCCACCAAGGUUCAGUCCGCUUCGGCAAAAGCAGCAUAUAACAUCAACGAGCGCAUUGGUUUCUCUAGCAAUACCGACACCGCCACCUAUAAGGUUGAGGAUGAGAAGAAGAAACUGACCAUUGAGGAGAUGAAUGCAUAUGAUAUGCACAGAGAUAUCGAGGAAGUUGUUGCCACGCGAAGGGGGCUGCCGCACACCAAUAAGUUCAUCAGAGGGCUACCUGUCGGCCUGAAACUAGGGAAUGGGACGGUUGUCGGAGAGCAAGAGCCUAGCUCAAUUCAGCCUCGGAUCUGA